UGUCAUCUGUUCUGUCACAUUCGCAUUGCCACGAGAUUUUCGUAACACGCGAGUCGAAUGUAUCGUUUAUUUAUUUCUUUAUAAAAUAAAUUACGCCCGUAGUACGCGAUGGAGAAUCACGAGGAAGACGAUUUGGAGGAACUACGCUCCACGGUCUACACGUUUCCACCGAGCGUGCAGAAUGUGAUCGAACAGGUUUUGCCUAGCACCGACCCAUUAGACCAGUCCAAUUUCAAUGUGGUGGAUUACAUAAAUUGUCUGUUCCCUACCGAACAAUCGUUGUCGAAUAUAGACGACGUGGUGAAUCAAAUGGAAAGCAAAAUACACGCUAUCGACAAGGAAAUAAGAUCGGUCGUACGUGGCCAAACGAAUGUGGGCCAAGAUGGUAGAGCGGCAUUGGAAGACGCGCAGAAAGUGAUAAGGCAAUUAUUUAUUCACAUAAAAGACAUAAAAGACAAGGCGGAGAAGUCCGAAGAGGUGGUCAAAGAAAUUACAAGAGACAUCAAGCAGUUGGAUUUUGCCAAAAGAAACCUGACCGCCUCGAUAACAGCGCUGAAUCACUUGCACAUGCUUGUGGAAGGGGUCGAUACUUUAAAAAUAUUAACUCAAAAGAAACAAUACGGAGAAAUUAUUUUGCCACUGCAAGCAGUGAUGGAGGUGAUGCAACAUUUUAAUAGCUACAUGGACAUACCGCAAGUGAAGCAAUUAUCUGAUCAAGUGCGACAGAUCCACAUCGAGUUGGCUCAGCAGAUCACAGCGGAUUUUAAGCAGGCUUUUUCAGGCCAAAAUCCAAAGCAUUUCAAUCACUUGACGGAAGGAUGUUUGGUACUAUCCGUGUUGGAUCCUAAAGUAAAAAAGGAUCUGCUCGUCUGGUUUGUGAAUAUCCAGCUGCAAGAAUACGCACAUCUGUUUGACGAGAAUCAGGAUUUCGCUUGGUUGGACAAGAUAGAUCGACGAUACGCGUGGAUCAAGAAGCAUUUGCUUGACUUCGAGUCGAAGUUCGGUUCGAUUUUCCCGCCCGAUUGGGAAAUUUCUGAACGAAUAGCCGUGCAGUUCUGUCACGUUACGCGUGAAGAUCUCACGAAACUGAUGAACAAGAGACGCAGCGAAAUCGACGUUAAAUUGUUGCUUUACGCGAUUCAGAGAACCAGCAACUUCGAGUCGCUGUUGGCGAAGCGUUUCAUCGGCAGCACUUUAGAAACUGUCGAUACUACCAAACCUACGACGGUCACCAAGGAAGUGACCGAAAAAAUUCCGGGAAAUCCGUUCGAGGAAGAAAACGAGAAGAUCGAAGAUGAAAAACCGAGACCGUCUCCGUUCGAAAAUCUCAUAAAGAGAUGUUUCGAGCCGUAUUUGAAUAUUUACAUAGAGAGUUUGGAUCGCAAUUUGGCGGACUUGAUGGAUAAGUUCGUGUCGGAUUCGAAAACGCAGCCGCCGGGCGCGAAAGAAUUUGACGGAAUUGAAGGCCCAAGCAGCGUUUUGAGCUCGUGCGCCGAUUUGUUCGUAUUUUACAAAAAGUGCAUGCUGCAAUGCACGCAGCUCAGCACCGGCUUAAUUAUGCUGAGUCUUGCUGAGACUUUUCAAAAGUAUCUACGAGAAUACGCGCUCAAGAUUUUGCAGAAUAACUUGCCCAGAUUCGGAGGUAGCGCGAGCAUUGGCACUAGCAUGAGCAACAUCACACGCGACUUCAGAGACUUGUCGACUUCGGGUUUUAUUCAAAACUUUCAAAGUUUUCUGAAAGAGGGAGAAACCACCAGAUUUAGCAAAGAGGAACAAUCUCGCGUGUGCUGUAUAUUAACAACAGCGGAAUACUGUUUAGAAACAACGCAACAAUUAGAGAAGAAACUUCGCGAGAAAACAGACAAUUGCUAUUCUGAGAAAAUCAAUUUGUCUCAAGAACAGGAUAUCUUUCAUAACGUGAUUUCUAAUUGCAUUCAGUUGUUGGUUCAAGAUCUGGAAACAACCUGCGAAUCAGCAUUGACUGCAAUGACCAAGGUGCAAUGGAGUUCUGUCGAAGUUGUAGGCGAUCAAAGCAAUUACGUUAACACAAUAAUAGCGCAUCUUCGACAAACAAUACCUCUUAUUAGAGAUAGAUUGUCUUCUUGCAGAAAAUACUUUACACAGCUCUGCGUUAAAUUUGCUGACUCUUUUAUACCAAAAUUAAUACAACAAUUGUUCAAAUGCAAACCGUUAAAUGCUGUUGGCGCAGAACAAUUGUUGUUGGAUGUCCACAUGUUAAAAACAGCUCUGUUGGAUCUUCCAUCUACAGGUUAUCAAGUACAGAGAAAAGCUCCGGCAACAUAUACUAAGGUUGUGCUUAAAGGAAUGGCAAAUGCUGAAAUGAUAUUAAAAAUAGUAAUGUCUCCAAUUGAAUCUCCCAGCGAUUUUGUUAAACAGUGCAGAAUGCGCCUGCCCGAUCUGCAGUCUACAGAAUUUCAAAAAAUCUUGGAUAUGAAAGGACUGAAAAAAACGGAGCAGAUAAUACUGCUCGAGCAAUUUAAACAACCUGAGAACACGGACACUUCGUACGUUACAAAGAGUCACAUAGUGCACGACAGUCCAGAACAUGAGGCUGGAAGAAUCAAGAGACUAGAGAAACUCAUAAAGAAAAGAAUUUGAAAAUGCUAAAGGUCGCGAUAUAUUUGUACAUAUUAAGAAUUCGUGUUCUAAGCUAGAAUAAUGUAAAAUAUCUUUAUAUGUAAAAUAAAAAUACCAGCAUGAAAAUAUAUUAAAGCAAAUUAAAUACUU